AUGUUUGAGAGCCCCAUUCAGAUUGCAGUUGUGCAGGGUAACGAGGCAGUCAUCAAAGCGUUACUCAAUCCUCCCAAUCUGCAAUGUUACUGGCCAGAUCUUCCACAGAUACAACAAGCAUUGAAGUACGCCUUGUUCUCGGAUGAAGAUAAACAGGAGCGUAUCAUCGACCUCUUAUUAGACUCAAUUUCUUUUCAAGAACUCCAUGCAUUAGAUUUUGAAUUUGAAAACCCACAGGGUUACGAGUCUAUUUGUCCAUUAUCAUGGGCUGUUGAGCAAGAGGAUGUCAAAUACUUGAAACGCUUUUUGAAUAAAGGCGCCGAUCCAAACGAUGAUUGGAGACCAUCUCAAUCGCAUAUUUUGAAGGCCGUCAGACUCCAAAGGGCGGAUAUGGUGAGCCUCUUGGUCCCUGGAUCAGAACAAGCACGAUGUAUUAUGGCCCUGGCUUGGAGCGUGAAGCUGUGGUCCACUUCCUUACCCUUUGAUGACGAUAAACGCGGCAUUCCGCGAAUCCUACUAGAGAAAGGGGCGUUACCGGAUUAUGAUUCAUUCGAUGAGGAAAUCAUACUAGGAAGAUCCAAGGAGGCAUACGAUGGAGAGAGUUUUCCGUCAGAAUUGCUGUCAAUGAUCACUCCGCCGCUGAUCAUGGCGGUUGAUUACGGCCAUUUCGAGUUGGUACGUUUAUUACUUGAGUAUGGGGCGAAUAUCAAUGUACGAUUUCAUGGCACCUUGGAUCAUGGCCGGGGCUGGACGAUGCGAACACCUCUGUCAUUAGCUGCUCAACUUGGACAUCAGGACAUUGUGCACUUUUUACAGGAUCGUGGAGCAGAAGUGCCAGCUCAGUCUGAACUUGACUGGUUAAAAGGCAUAAAGACGCCCCUUUAG